AUGAGGUGGAGUGGAGAGCUGCCAGUCAGGUUGGCAGACAAGCCACUGGCCCACAGAACCAGUCUGGCUUCGGUGUGCAUCAUCACAGCCAGCCAAAGCUUUCUUAAUAAUGUCUGGGUCCCCAUGAAACCCUACUAUUUGCAGGUUUACAAGGAAAUUUGGGUAGGAAUGGGGUUGAUGACCAUUAUCAUUUAUAAAAUGAGGAGUGCUGAUAAAAGGAGUAAAGCUUUGAAAGGCUCAAGACCUUCACCUGUUCAUGGUCAUCAUUAAUUGCUCUGAAUAUACUCAAGGUGAACCACCAGUUGGCCUAUAAAUUUAAGCAAACUGCGUUAGAUGGGAACAUGGAACAUCACUUGUCUAAGUACCAUUUAUUUUAUGGUAUCAAUAAACAUAUC